AACUAAGAAUAAUGAGGAAACUGUUCUUUACAAGUUGAGAUCUGACAAACCGUCUCACACAGGCAAGCAGACCGUUCUGACUUCAGUCUUUCAUUUUCUAAGUGAUAGAUUUUUACCAUUUAUAAUUAUAAUUUUUGAUGAGCUUCAUUUAAAGUCAUACUUUCUGUUGAGAAGCUGAAGACAACACUGGCCAUGUUGUCUACAGGAGCUGAAUGUGUGUUCAUGGGUUUGUUCCUGUACAUCUCAGGGGUUGGAGCAAACAGCAUCUGUGUCUUAAAAGGUUCAUCAGUGGAUCUACACUGCUCAGCUCAGCUUCCCACAUCAAGCAUGAAAUGGUGCACUGUUCGCUGGGAGAGCAACAAGAUGGUUCUAGAUCAGAUCUUUGCAGACGGAAAACGUGUGAUCAUAUCUGAAGAGAGCAACUUCACUAUGACGAUCAAUGAUCUGAGAGAGAGUGAUACAAACACUUACUGUUGUAGUGACGUUAAUGACAAACAAACUAAAUGCCAGGGUGGAUUAUAUCAGCUCCUUGUUGCAGACCUGCAGGUGAAGGUGUUUCCUGCCACAGGAGAAAAGACAGUGUCCCUGAUGUGCAGCAGCAGUUGUCCUCUGACUGAAAGACCUGUGGUCUAUAUCUGGUACAAGAACACAGAGUUUCUCUAUAAGGACUUGUCUCCUUGGUACCAGGAGCUAAUCAGCAGCGAGGAAUCAGUCACAUACUCCUGUGCUGUCAAAGGCUACGAGCAUCUCAGAGCCCCUGAAGUCUCAGUGGCUUCUCUCACAUCAGCCUGCUUCACUGUGACCUAUGCUAAAGGCAGAAUGUGCUCAAAUCAGCAGAGACCAGAAGAUGAGCCGUGCUCCAUCACAUAUCCCAGAGAAAUACAAGUUCAUGUUCAAAACACUGAAGACAAAUGGCAUUCCAAACUGGCCUGUAUCACCAGCUGUCCACAGAAGCAAACUCAAAACAUCACAUGGUACAAAAACAGAGGAUUGGAGCAGGCACCACAACCAGUUCCCAUCUCCUCUCCUGACUCUUACUCCUGUGCUGUAGAGCACUUGAUCUCAGAUGAGGUCUGUAUUCAGGAUCUAAACUGCAUCACAGUGAAUUAUGUCAACAGGAGGAUCUGUGCUCUGCAAGGUUCCUCAGUGAACAUCUCCAGUGAAUACUCUUAUCCAAAGAACCAUCAAGCGAAUUCUUUAUUGUGGUAUAAGAAUAGUAGAAGUGAUAUGGCGGCUGGUGAAGAGCUGAUAACGAAUACACAUCGUAUUCAGUUUCAUGGAGUGAUGAACCGCCACAUCCUGACAAUCAAUAAACUGAACAAGAAUGACUCAGCAGAAUACAUAUUCAGAAUAGGAAGUGAUGCAGGGAAAUGGGCGGCUGCUCCUGGGGUGACUUUGGUCGUCACAGAUCUGAGAGUGAAGUUUAGUCCUUCUGAGGAGGUGACCGAGGGGCAGAGAGUCACGCUGACCUGCAGAACCAGUUGUCCUCUGACGGACAACAUGAACUACAUUUGGUACUUGAACAAUCAACCUCUGAAUCUGACAAAAACACAAAGCAAGUACCUGGUUCUAGACCCCGUCAGCAGUGAACAUGAAGGAAACUACUCCUGCAAAGUUAAAAUGCUUCAAAAGAGCUCUCAUCAAAAGAUGCUCACUGUCCACAGAAGAAGAAAAUGGACUCAAGCUGCCAUAGGAAUCGUUGUUCUUCUCCUGGUUGUAAUACCCAUCAUCGUCUUCUUGUGGAUCAGAAGAAAGAAGACUUCCAUCCAGUCUCCUAGAACUGAAACCUCUGUCAACUUGGAGGAGAUAAGCCCAGAUCAUGAGUACGACGACAUCUCGGCUCAACCAGUAGAGGAGGAUGAUAUUCUCUAUAGCAGCGUUCAAUUCCCCAACAACAGAGAUGCUCUCUACUCACAGAUCCAGACACAUCAGCCCCAAGAAGAAGAGCAAAGCCCCUAUGAUGUUGUCAGCUUUACACCCAAAACAACACCUGAGCAAACAUCUGUUAUUACAAGCAAACUGGCCUGUUAGUGGAACUCUAAAAUUAGCACAUCACUUCAGACAAAGGCCUUGUCUAAACUACUGCAGACAACAAACACUCAAACGAGCUUUCUGGGCCAGUAGGUGGCGAAAAAUGUUGUGAUCAAAAAUCAACCAAACUAUGGAGGAAGCCUACAUCAUCCUGUACAUAGUAGGGGCUGUUGUUGUUGUUAUCGCCUGCUUGAUGGGAGGAGCCUUCUUUCUCUACAAACGAAGCAAACAACACGAGGCCGUACCCACUUUGUGAGUCUAUGGGAAGGUGCGACAAGUGUGUGGAGAAGUUGUGUGUCGGACUCGUGGCCUGAGUGUCACAUCUCUCUCGCUGUCAUUUGCUGUCAUCUCUCUACUGACCACAUAAAAUGUCCUGUCAUCAGUCUCAACUUGUGUGAGUGUCUGUAUCUCAGGUUUAACACAUACUCAUGGUUUAACAUUGGUUUUAGGCCAAUUUAUACAUUUCAUUUGACACACGAAACCACAUUGUUGGACAAAAUUUAAAAAAAUUAUUCACAUAUUCUUUCACAGUGAAGUUCCCAAAUGUAUUUCUAUGACUUGUUGAAGUUAAGUUGAACACUGAACUGUAUUUUGUGAGUUACCCAAGGAAGUACAUUUUUUAUUUGGUGAAAGAAAGAGUCAUCGCUCUCUUUUUCUGUUUUCAGUGACUGUACAGAUAGUGUGUCGUUAAAAAUCCUGUGUAAAUGUAAACCUAAUAAAGUAUUUGUUGGCUAAA